AUGUCUUUAGAGUGCGUUGGGGUCAUUCGAAAAGUGUCGAUGGCGUUAGGGGAACACGGCCUAGAGCCGUUUUGCCGAUUGGUAGUGGUGGAUUUGCAGGCAAGAGGAAGUUCUCGCGCAUUUUUCGAGCGACGGAAUGAUUUAUCGGCACGUACACGUCUUUAUCUUCUCGAUACGGCAAAUAAUCAAGUCGCGAGAGAGAAGCAACAUGCCUCUAUGUGCACUCAGGUGCCUCGAGGCUCUCAUGUGCCAACGGUCCCUAGAUCGUGA